AUGCCGAAGAUAAAGCUGAGUGGCAUCACGGUGGAUUUCCCAUUCCAACCUUAUGAGUGCCAGGAAGCCUACAUGAGCAAGGUGAUAGAGUGUCUGCAGAAGAAGGUAAAUGGCAUUCUGGAGAGCCCUACAGGCACAGGAAAGACCCUGUGCCUGCUGUGUUCCACUCUGGCUUGGCGGGAACACUUCAAAGAUGCCAUCUCAGCCCGCAAAAUCUCGCAGCGGAUGAAUGGAGUGGAACUCUUUCCAGAGAGACCCAUGUCAUCCUGGGGCAACGCCGCCACCGAUUCCGACAUCCCCACUUAUUACACUGACGUUCCUAAAAUAAUUUAUGCCUCCAGAACUCACUCACAACUUACACAGGUCAUUAAUGAAUUAAAGAACACAGUCUACAGACCGAAGAUAUGUGUUUUGGGUUCCAGAGAGCAGCUUUGUAUCAAUCCUGAAGUGAAGCAACAGGAGAGCAACCACAUGCAGAUCUACAUGUGCCGAACGAAAGUGAUGACUCGUACUUGUCAUUUCUAUAACAACGUGGAAGAGAAGAGUACAGAGAAAGAACUGGUUGAAUCGAUCAUGGAUAUUGAAGACUUGGUUAAAAAUGGAAACAAGCACAGAGCUUGUCCUUAUUAUCUCUCUCGAAGCCUGAAGCAGCAAGCAGAUAUUAUUUUUAUGCCUUACAACUAUUUACUCGACUCGAAGAGCCGGCGAGCGCACAACUUAGACCUGAAGGGAACUGUGGUAAUACUUGAUGAAGCUCACAACGUGGAGAAGUUGUGUGAGGAAUCGUCUUCUUUUGACCUGACACCCUAUGAUUUGGCUUCAGCAAUGGAUGCUCUAAACGUCGUGCUGGAAGAACAAGCCAAAGUGGUUCAACAGAAUGAAAUAAAUGCGGAGUUCAACAUGGAGCUGGCCAGUUCAGGGCUGAACAUGGAACUGGAAGAUAUAGCAAAGAUAAAGCAAAUUCUUCUUCAGCUAGAAAGUGCUAUUGAUGCAGUGGAGCUGCCACCAAAUGGUAAUGGAGUCACCAAAGAGGGAAGCUACAUCUUUGAUCUGUUUGCAAAGGCCCAAAUAACAUUCCAGACCAAAUCCUCUCUCUUGGAGUCACUGGAGCAGAUUUUACAGUUUCUUUCAGGCCAUACUAGGAUAUUCAUGAACACAUCCGGAUUGCAUAAGCUCUUGGAUAUUAUCCAGACAGUGUUCAACAUUGAUCCUCCAGAAGGCACAACAGCUUUCGUACCGCGUCAGUUGGUGUCUAGAUAUUAUAAGGUGCAUAUUCAUCUGGAUAACGGUAAUCAGAAGAAGAAACAAAGGACAGAUCUCUGGAAUUCAUCGUCUACGAAAAAACAAGGAAAGACCUUAAGCUAUUGGUGUUUCAGCCCUGGAUACAGCAUGCAUGAGCUUGUUCGACAGGGAGUAAGGACAAUUAUCCUCACUAGUGGGACUCUCUCCCCCCUCUCAUCAUUUACAAUGGAAAUGCAGAUCCCUUUUCCUGUUUGCUUGGAGAAUCCUCACGUUAUCGAUAAGCACCAGCUCUGGGUUGGGAUCCUUCCAAAGGGCCCUGAUGGAACUGAGCUUACUUCCAACUACGAGAAAAGAUUUUCGGAAGAUUAUUUAUCUUCUCUGGGGAAAACAGUUGGUAAUCUUGUGCGAGUGGUGCCGCACGGACUGUUGGUGUUCUUCCCAUCGUAUCCUGUCAUGGAUAAGAGCCUGGAAUAUUGGAGGGAGCGUGAUUUUGCUAAGAGAAUAGAAGAAGCGAAGCCAAUGUUUGUGGAACCCAGGAACAAAGGAAGCUUUUCAGAGGUAAUAGAUGCCUACUAUGAUAAAGUUGCAUCUCCCAAGUCCAACGGAGCCGCUUUUUUGGCAGUGUGUCGGGGGAAGGCCAGCGAAGGCCUGGAUUUUGCAGACAUAAACGGACGAGGAGUCAUCAUUACUGGGCUUCCAUUUCCCCCUUGUAAAGAUCCCAGGAUCAUUUUAAAGAUGCAGUUCCUGGAUGAAAUGAGAAGAAGCGGUGCAGGUGCACAGGUAAU